AUGGAAACCGAGCACAAGCGUAAGAUCAGACUCUUUGACGUUCCGCCGGAGCCGAUUCGUCAGAAGGUGGACGGAUCAGCAGAUGUGACGGCGGCGGCGGCGGCUGCGACGGCUGUAAUCGCCGCGGCGUCGGAGACGAUCAACCCGUAUAACGGCCGGCCGUACACGCAGCGGUACUUCGACAUUCUCGAGAAGCGGAAAACACUGCCGGUGUGGCAGCAGAAGCAGGAAUUCGUGGAUCUGUUGAAGAAGCAGCAGAUCAUCGUGCUUGUGGGAGAGACGGGUAUCGGGAAAUCUACUCAGAUCCCGCAAUUCGUGGUGGAGUGUCUGAACGCGACGCACAAGAAGCAGGUGGCGUGCACGCAGCCGCGGCGGGUGGCGGCGAUGUCGGUGUCGCGGCGAGUGGCGGACGAGAUGGACGUGACGAUCGGCGAGGAGGUGGGCUACUCCAUCCGAUUCGAGGACUGCAGCGGGCCCAAGACCAGCCUCAAGUAUCUGACAGACGGCAAGCUCUUGAGAGAGGCCAUGGCGGACCCUGUACUGGAGAGGUACAAGGCGAUCAUCCUGGACGAGGCGCACGAGCGCACGCUGGCGACGGACGUGCUGUUUGGGCUGCUCAAGGCCGUGCUGGAGCACCGGAAAGACUUGAAGCUCGUGGUCAUGAGCGCCACUCUCGAGGCCGAGAAGUUCCAAGGCUACUUCCACGGCGCUCCCCUCAUGAAGGUGGGCAGAGGAGGGGGGCAAGGGAGGGGACAGGGGGGAAGCGGGAGAGGGGGGGGUGCAUAUACCGAACCAGAGCGGGACUAUCUAGAAACAGCCAUUCGCACGGUGGUGCAGAUCCAUGCGUGUGAGCCGCCGGGGGACAUUCUCGUGUCCCUGACGGGGGAGGAGGAGAUUGAGGACGCGUGCAAGAAGAUCGCCAGGUCGGCCCCGUCAAGGUCGUCCCGCUCUACUCCACUCUGCCGCCCGCCAUGCAGCAGAAAAUCUAUGAUGCUGCCCCGCCGCCCGUGA